AUGUCUUUCCGCGACGCACCUCCGCAGAUGCAGAUCUUCUAUGCCAGCAGGAUGGACCAAAAGAUAGGGGGUGAGACCCCACUGACGGAUUUCCAUGGUGUCUGGGUUACACUCCAGGAGCAGGAGUCGUUCCGCAAACGAUACGAGGAUAAGCAGGUAAAGUACAUUCGGAACAAUGACGACUGCAGCAGCACCUCGAAAAUUGAUCCGCUUGUGCAGAAGUGUUGGCAAGAAAUGUUCAAGACCGACAACCGCACAGCUGUGUUGGAGGCCUGUGCCGCAGAGAAGUUUGAAUGCACAUGGGACGAGCGGAACCGGUUGACAAUGACAAAUCUACAGCCAUUCGUACGCAGGCAUCCCGUGUCAGAUAAGCCAGUCUGGUUCAAUCACAUAAAUGUCUUGCACAAGGAUUCCAUGGCGCUCGACUACGAGCGAACAGCGGUGCUCUGGGGUGGCCUCUACGGAUUGUGGCCCAUGAUGUUGGGCAUCUAUUACCGUUCACUGUUUGGCCUGCUGGGCCUGUUCUGGCCGGAGACGGCGCUCGGGUCAACCACUACUUUCGAGCGCGGGGAGACCAUUCCUCCUGAGGACUUUUAUGCCAUGAAGCGUGCAAUCUGGCGCAAUUCAUUUCACCAGCCGUACCAGGUCCACGACGUCAUCGUUAUCGACAACUUGCGCGUCGGACAUGGCCGUGAGAUUUACACUGGUCCAAAGGUGUCGAGGCAGGUAAUGACAGCCUGGUCAGACUUGUAUCCUGCGCACUGGGUCUCGGACAGAAGUACGCUCUCUGAUGCAACGUCUGCCGUUCAGUGA